AUGACAGAAGGGUUUCAAAAUAUUUCAACUACAGAUAUCACUUGGAAAGAUGUUCAAGAAUACAUAAAUAGUGGUGAAUUAUAUAAAUUAAGAAGAUCUAAAGAUGAAACGAUUAAAUAUAGAGCACAUAAAGAAUUGUUGAAGAAAGAAAACAUUUCAAUAAUUGAUCAUAUUUUACACAAACUAAAUUGGAAUUUAGAUAAUUUAGAAGAUCUUAAUGCUACAAAAUUUCCAAAUGAUAAUGAUAAAUUAAAAGCUUGCUUCUCAGAUAAGGAUUAUUUCAAAUUAUUGCCAAAUGAUUUCCCUUAUAUGUUUGAACCAAAUAUUAUUCAUUUAUUAGUAUGGUCUAAGAUUCGUUUACCAAUUUAUUUAGAUGAUCAUACAGAAGUUAGUAUGGAAAAACAUAAUGACGUUCUUCCAACAAUGAACCCUGAGAUGAAGGAUAAAAUUAAUAAAUUUUUAAUGAAAACUUUACAGAAGAAAUUAGGAUUGGAACCAAUAAAAGAUUAUGUUUGGUUUAUAAAUUAUACUAGUUUACAAAGUAUUAGAGCCAUUUCUCAUAUUCAUUUAUUGAUUAGAUGUGACGAUGUUCCUAUAGAACAUUCUGAAGACACUAAAAAAGCAAUUGAAAAAGUUAUGGAUAAUUUCUUAAACAACGAUAUUUUUGAAACAAUAUAA